UGGUAAGGGAACGGCGCUAAGGCUGUUGCAGUUACCAAGGGAGACGGUGUGAAGCUGUGGAGGGGCAAAGAGUGUCCAGGUGGGAAUAUUAGCCUGACACCGAUAGGAACGCAGGCGACAGCAGCACAGUGAAGAUGGUUGAAUGGAUUACCUGGUGUGGAGCGGCCUGAAGUGGAGCACAAUGGAUAUGUUGGCUCUGCCAGGAAGGUGACACCUUCGGUAGCCCAAGUGCAUCACCUGAAGCUGUUUGGCCUUGCGCUGGAGCCAGGUGGAAAUGCCUGCCAUAAGUCACGUGCCAGAGGAUUCCUCUACUACAUCCGAUGAGGAGGAGCAUGAGGAUCAUCCAUGCAUUCGGUGGGCAGGCAGCAAUCGGAUGGUACCUACUUUAGUUUUUUAUGCAGACGGUAUUGUAACGAAGGAUAGCACCUUGCGCUCAAUUGGAGAACGCUAUCAUUUGGCAUAUAAGAUUGUACGCACUGAGAGCAGGCUGGUGCGCAGCAUCUUGACGGUGCACGGCUUCCACGAGGUCCAUCCCAACUGUAACGAUUUCAACCUGAUGUGGACAGGUUCCCAUCUCAAACCUUAUGUAUUGCGCACUCUACUGGAGUUUCAGAAAGUCAACCAUUUCCCCAGAUCCUAUGAAUUAACCAGGAAGGAUCGGCUGUACAAAAAUAUCCAACGCAUGCAGCAAACCCAUGGUUUCAAACACUUCAACAUUGUACCCCAGGCUUACAUCCUCCCCUCUGAGUACCAGGAAUUGUGGACUGCACAUACAAAGGAUAAGGGGCCAUGGAUUGUUAAACCAGUGGCAUCUUCUAGGGGCCGUGGAGUCUACCUGGUCACGAAUCCCAGCCAGAUUGCAACAGAUGAGAGUAUCCUAGUUUCACGUUACAUCCGCUCUCCAUUGCUAAUAGAUGACUUCAAGUUUGAUGUGCGAUUAUAUGUCCUGGUGACGUCCUACGAUCCUUUGGUGGUUUAUCUCUAUGAAGAAGGACUGACAAGAUUUGCGACCGUGAAGUAUGACCGUGCAACAAGGAAUAUCAAGAACCAGUUCAUGCAUCUGACCAACUACAGUAUCAACAAGAAGAGCUGUGACUAUGUCAGCUGCGAUGACCCAGAAGUGGAGGAUUACGGGAAUAAAUGGAGCAUGAGCGCUAUGCUACGGUACCUGAAGCAAGAAGGAACAGACACAGCCGCUUUGAUGGCUCAGAUCGAGGACCUCAUCAUUAAGGCACUCAUUGCAGCAGAGCUUCACAUCGCCUCUGCUUCCAAAAUGUUUGUGCCUCACAGAGGCAACUGCUUUGAGCUGUAUGGGUUUGAUGUCCUAAUUGACUCCAAUCUCAAGCCCUGGCUGCUAGAAGUCAAUCUUUCACCAUCACUGGCAUGUGAUGCACCCUUGGAUCUGAAGAUCAAAGCGAGCUUGCUGUCAGACAUGUUCACGUUAGUGGGAUUUGUCUGCCAGAACCCAAUAGCCCGGCAAGGCAGACCAGGGAAAACCGGUUUCGAUCUUGGCGCUCGGCCAAAGUCCCACAAAGCUCUGCACCAGCAGCAGCCAAUGUCUGUAAAUGACACAAAUGAGGUAAAAGGCAAGACGUCAUCAGUCAAGGAGAGACCGCAAGGAGCACAGGGAUCAAGCACACUGCGACUGUCUGUGGAGGAGAUGAAAGUUGUACGGCGUACGAUGGAAGAGAAUGAGAGAAAAGGUGGAUUUAUACGGAUAUUUCCGACUGUUGAUACCUGGGAGCUUUAUGGGCAAUUUCUAGAGCACAAAACCACCCUGAACUAUGUGCUGGCCACGCGUCUUUUUGCAGGGAGCAAGAGGAAGCCUGCUACUUCAGCAAGAUCUCGCAAUGGUGUGACACAGAACAAUCACGCGCUCUUCAAAUCCGAGGUGCUCCAAGUAGAAGUUCACAAACACGUUCAGCAGUACGAGAGGAAACUCCUGUCACUGGAAGCGCGGAGAAGGAAACAGAACCGAGCUGCCUUGCAGGCAGCAAUGGGAAAAGGCACAGUAUCCUCGCACAAAGCCCCAGUUGCAUUGUCGGCGGCUGCGGAGUGUGAGGAUGAUGGAGAAGGGGAGGAGGAAGCAGAGCAUGAUAAGGAAAUAUCAGAGGAUGAAACAGACACUACUGGACCCACUUGUCCUGUCCAAGCCCCGGCUCAGGCGCCGAUAGCACAAAGAUUGAGAGCUAACCGUGAGGGGUUGCAGAAAGCCCUAGAACUCGCUGACCAAGAGAUUGUUGACAAACAGGUGUUCGGUCAAUGGACUCAAACCAAAGAGAAACAAAGUGAUCAGCAGCCAAAAGUUAACCUCCUCGAGAUGUUACAGCAAGGGGGCAAUCUGAGUAAGGUACAGGCACGCUUGGCCUUUUCUGCUUAUCUGCACCGUGUGCAGCUCCGACUACUGAGGGAGCAUCCUGGCCAGAGUGAAACGACCACAGCUACUGACCAGGAGGAGGAGCAAAUGGAGCUGGUGAUCAGAUUCUUGAAGCGAGCAGCCAGUAAUCUCCAGCAGUUGGUAACAAUGACGCUGCCCAGUCGUCGGCUCCCUAUCUCUGAACGUCGACACAUCCUGGCGCAGCAGCUUGGGGUCUUCAUCCACAGCUACAAUGAGGAAACAGAUCGAAUGAUUAAGAGGAGCCAGAUGGAUCUGAAGCCAGAGACCUGCAUCCAACAGGAAGACUUCCAAGUAUUUGUCAGUAAAGCCAGUGAGAAUGAUCUGGAGGAACUGCUCACAAUCUACACACACAAGAACAAAUCAGCCAAUGUCUUCCUGGGGACCCAAAACAGGAAUGAGAACCAGAACAUCAGUAUGCAGCAAAGCAAUGCCAAAUCCACAGAAGGACCAGAUGUACCCAAGGAGGAAGAUUCAAGUGCCUCAGAUGGAUCAGGUGAUGGCAGGCUCUAUCUUACAGAGAGCCCCUUGAUGCAGGACUCUUCCAGUCAUCAUGUUCAUCCUCCACACACAGCUUUACAGCAGGGAGGCAGCCAACCCCUGCCCACUUCCUUGCCAACCUGCACGACUGCAGUCCAGGAUCUAGCCACCUUGCUGGCUGAGGCCGUGGGCAGGACUGGCACAGGGGCCUUCAGGCCAGGCUCAGCCAUCGCGACAUCUCGAAACUCUCAGAACCCAGGCAGGUUACAACGACCUACUUCCAGCACUCUUCCUAUUGCUUCAGCGUCUUCCUUCCAGGCGGCUACCCAGAUCUACAGCCGGAAACUAUCCCGGCCAGUCUCAGCCACAGCUGGAUCGGGUGUGCGAUACCUCCAACGGCAGCGUGCAGGAACAGUUGGCACACUCGGGGAAGGUGAUCACCGCCCCACUCCAAGCGAAGACUUGAACCAUGAAGCCAUCUCCAUCGUGCUGCAGCGCUUGGCAGCGAAGCAGAAAGCUCGGCAAUACUCAGCCUCCAGUCAUCUCAAUCUCCUAACGCAGCAAGCGAACAGGUUCUCAGCUAAAGGUUAA